AUGGCUUCAAUUACUCUUUCUCCAAAUGCUUCACCUGUUGUUGCUUUGACUCCAUCAUCUAGUGUUGUUGUUUUGUCACCACCUCCAUCACCUAUACCGGGUUCUUCUCUGUCGAAUCAAACAUCGAAUUCUCCUCCUCCUUCGUCGCCUUCUGACCCUUCAGCUCUUCCUCCUUCUGACCCUUCAGCUCCUCCUCCUUCUCCUCCACAUACUGUGCCUGUUACUCCUCCUCCUUCGCCGCCCGUUUCUCCUCCUCCUUCGCCGCCCGUUUCUCCUCCUCCGUCUCCGUCUCCACCACUUUCUCCUCCACCAUCAACUACACCGCCGCCAAGUUCUCCACCACCAUCGCCACGUGCAUCACCACCUCCACCAGUUGUAGCAUCACCACCUCCUGCACCGCUUGUAACAUCACCACCUCCUGCACCAGCUACUACCAAUUCCCCUCCUCCUCCUCCACCUGCUACUACUGCCCCUCCUCCAGAUGAAACUUCACCUACGCCUCCAAACUUCUCUCCACCACCUCCAGCGGCGGGUUCCCCUCCCCCUAAAUCAUCGAAGCCAUCGCCUUCUCAAACAAUUUCUCCGUCUCCACCACCUCCUUCUCCAGAUAAUGAAUCAAAGCCACCAUCUGCCAAUCCUCCUCCUGCACCACCACACGCAAAGCCACCGAAAAGUACUCCUUCGCCUCCCUUACGUGACGCAUCCCCUCCAUCAGUUUCUCAACCACCUCCUUCACAUGAUGCAUCCCCUCCAUCUGUUUCUCAAUCACCUCCUUCCCCUUCAACUGUUCCACCUCCACCCACAUUGCCAUCAACUCUUACUUCAGGACCUGCAGCAACUCCUACUAACGAAACAGUACAUGGUGACAGUCCAACUGUGCCAUUUCCAUCUAUACCAAGUGUUAACGGUUCUGAUAAUAUAGCCACAAACAACGCUCCUUCACAUUCAGGAGGGUUAAAUACCGGAGCUGCUGUUACUAUUGGCGUUGUAGUUAGUUUAAUUGUCCUCAGCCUUCUUGGUAUCGCUGUGUGCUUUUUACACAAAAAGAAAAAGGGAAAAGGAUCCAGAUCUGAUUAUGCUGCGCCUUCUCCAUAUACCUCAUCUCACAAUUCAGGGACCUUGUUCUUAAAGCCAUACGCUCCAGCCAAUUUGAAUGGGAGUGGCAAUGGCAGUGAAUUUGUGUAUUCACCACCAGAGCCAAGUGGAGUAAAUAAUUCAAGAUCAUGGUUAACAUAUGAAGAACUAAUCCAAGCUACAAAUGGGUUUUCAGAGCAGAAUUUGUUGGGAGAAGGUGGAUUUGGUUGUGUCUACAAAGGUUUGCUAGAUGGAAGAGAAGUAGCUGUAAAACAGCUUAAAAUUGGUGGUGGACAAGGGGAGCGUGAAUUCAGAGCAGAAGUUGAGACUAUUAGUCGAGUACAUCAUCGUCAUCUGGUUUCUUUGGUUGGUUACUGUAUAUCUGAGCAUCAAAGAUUGCUCGUCUACGACUUUGUUCCCAACGAUACUCUUCAUUAUCAUCUACAUGACGAAAAAGCACCCAUGUUGAAUUGGCCUAUCAGAGUUAAGGUUGCUGCCGGUGCAGCUCGUGGAAUAGCUUACCUACAUGAAGACUGCCAUCCACGCAUUAUUCAUCGAGAUAUUAAGUCAUCAAACAUCCUUCUCGAUCACAACUUUGAAGCUCUAGUUUCAGAUUUUGGGCUUGCGAAAUUAGCAUUAGAUUCAAACACACAUGUAACUACACGUGUAAUGGGAACAUUUGGGUAUAUGGCACCAGAGUAUGCCACGAGUGGAAAGUUGACUGAUAAGUCUGAUGUAUAUUCCUUUGGUGUCGUGCUUUUGGAGCUAAUUACAGGUCGGAAGCCCGUAGAUGCAUCUCAGCCACUUGGUGAUGAAAGCCUGGUUGAAUGGGCUCGGCCUCUAUUGAUUGAAGCACUGGAUACUGAGGAGUUUGAAAUUUUGGUGGAUCCAAGACUGGAAAAGAACUACAACAGAAACGAAAUGUUUAGAAUGAUUGAGGCUGCUGCAGCCUGCGUGCGUCACUCAUCAGUUAAGAGGCCACGAAUGAGCCAGGUUAUGAGAGCCUUUGAUUCCAUGGCCGAGUUUUCAGAUCUGAAUAACGGAAUGAAACCGGGGCAGAGUUCAGUGUUUGAUUCUGCACAGCAAUCUGCACAGAUCAAAAUGUUCAGGAGAAUGGCUUUUGGAAGCCAAGAUAGUUCCAGUUUCUUUAAUGAUUCUCAAAGUAGCUAUGGAAGUAGGAAUCAAGACUCUACAACUAUGCUCCCUCAAAAUAAAUCUCGGCCUUGGAACGUUCGAGACGACCCUUUAUAG